UCAAGAAAAUGAUAGAUAUACAGCUGGUUGGAUCAAUUCCAGACCUUUGCACAAAUUGUACAGAACAGCAAAUCACAAUGGAGUCUAGGAUAAAUCUGGUAAUAUAUGGAAUCCUGGGCCCUGUUGUUAUUUUGUUUGGUUUGGCAGGAAAUCUACUGAACGUUAUCGUUUUGUGCAGAGAUGAAUACAGUGAUUUUAUGUAUAUGUACAUGAAGGGGCUGGCAGUGGCAGAUAUUGGAUACCUACUCAUGGCGUUGCAGAUGUGUAUUUUUCAAGCAACCCUAGGAGAUAUGAUUACCUCUGAGGCCCUCGGUAUCUAUCAGUAUCAGAUUCUUGGCCCUUUAUGGAACGCAUUUCUGGCGACCAGCGAUUUCAUCGUCGUUUGUAUGACGAUAGAUAGAUACAGAUAA